UGUCCAUUGCGCGCCCCUUCCGAUGAUAGAUCGAUAGCUGAUGGAAUGUUCCUCUCAUUUCUUGCGCAUCACAGUUUAUGUUUUGGUAGAGAGACACUCGACUCCUGGGAGCUCCGAACCAUUUUUUUUCCCGGGUCGAUAGACCCUUCCUUGGUUUCCGAUCACUGUCGCAGAGGAAUCCCGGUUGAGAUCUACAGUGUUGAAUAGGCUGCAGAAUGGGCAGAUUCAAUCGGUUAGGUUUUGGCCAGAAAUCCCUCUUCCGGGCUCGACGGCAUUUGCUUUCUUCGGCGUCCAAUGCAUCACCUGCCUAUCACGGGGUUCGAUUCGGCGGAGCUUCGGUUUUUCAACAAGUUCUAUUUUUCGCUCGGAAUAUUUAUAGUUGCAGUUUGGAGGUUAGUAGAAGACCUGAUCGUUUCUCAACUGUAGAAAUUCGUUUGAUGAACAGAAAUUUUCAUGCUACAGGUUUAUGCUACUCGAUAGAACGAGACUUCUAUGAAAUCCUUGGUGUUCCUAAAGAUGCUAGCCAAGAUGAAAUCAAGAAAGCUUUUCAUGUGCUUGCUAAAAAAUACCAUCCAGAUGCAAAUAAGAACAAUCCUUCAGCAAAGAGGAAGUUUCAAGAAAUAAGAGAUGCCUAUGAGACUCUGCGAGACUCUGAACGGAGAGCACAGUAUGAUAGGGUGCGCACUAGAGGUUCAGGGGAAGGUGAAUAUGCUGCUGCAGAUGCAGAGGACAUGAACUAUUCUUAUCAAGGCCAUUUCUCUGAUUCUUUCCAUAAAAUUUUCUCUGAGUUCUUUAAAGAUGAAGCAGAAAACUUUGCCACAGACAUACAGGUGGAUCUGCAUCUCUCUUUUUCUGAAGCUGCUAAAGGCUGCAUAAAAGAUCUGUCUUUUAACGCACGUGUCCCCUGUGAUUCCUGCAAUGGACAUGGUUACCCAAUUGGUGCCAAGCUCAGAGUAUGCCCAACCUGUAAAGGCAUUGGAAGAGUUACACUUCCUCCAUUCACAUCAACAUGCAAUUCUUGUAAAGGAUCAGGUCAAAUUAUCAAGGAAUAUUGUACCACAUGCAGAGGAUCUGGGGUGGUUGAAGGUGUAAAGGAAGUUAAAGUAACAAUCCCGGCAGGUGUGGACUAUGGGGAUACAAUUCAUGUACCAAAGGCUGGAAAUAGUGGUGGACGGGGAGUUCAACCUGGAAGUCUAUACAUAAGAUUAAAGGUUAAAAAAGAUCCUGUUUUUGAAAGAGAUGGAGCAGAUAUAUAUGUGGAUUCUCAUAUCAGCUUUACACAAGCUAUUCUUGGUGGUAAAGUUGAUGUGCCAACUUUGUCUGGGAAGAUGCAAGUUGAAAUACCAAAAGGAGUUCAGCCUGGACAGCUUUUGGUAUUAAGAGGCAGAGGAUUGCCAAAGCAAGGUGGUUUUAUCAAUCAGGGUGAUCAAUAUGUGCGGUUCCGUAUAAACUUCCCUACUUCCUUGAAUGAACGUCAACGUGAGCUGAUAGAAGAGUAUGCUAGGGAUGAAUGUAAUUCUGGAAAUAACACAUCUGCUGAAGGAAACUGCUAUCUACUGGUUAACUUACAGGUGGCAGCAAAUUGUAGAUCAACUGGCGGGUUCUAGGUUUAUGGUUCAGGUUACUUUGAUUCUGCUGAUCUUCUUGUUCCUGAACAAAACCACGAGCUGAAGACACUUGUGGUGUAGCUGAUGAAUUGUUGCUGCAUAUACAAGGAAGGGUUGCUCUGAUCUUUGACGCUGCCCUUGAAAUAUCUCAAAGGUAUAGGGCUUAUUUCACUCUGAAAUUUUACUCUUGCUCAUUUAUGAUGAUCUAUACAAAGGCAUUCCAAAAGGGUAUGCCUACAAAUUGUUCAUGUGCGGAACUGGCCUUUUCCAAUUAUAGUAAUAAAGUUCCCUUACACCCAGUCCAUCUGCUAUUCUUUAUGUUCUUUAACUUGUACUUUUCCUUUUUUAAUCUAGCAUCUGUAUACAUAAUUACUUGAAAAGACAAUUUGAUUAUUUUUGUUGAA